AUGGAUAAAUUAGCAAAAGCCCAAAAAUUUCUCUCACUAUCAGCCCAGAAACCAAUACCUGCAUACUCUGAAAAUACCCAAUUGAAGCUUUUAUCUAUCUCUGAUGUUGAAAAUGAAAGAAAAGCUCUUGCAGGAUGCGAAUUAGAUUUAGCAAUAAUCAGAGAUAACUAUAUCAAAUCUCAAGAUUUGCCAAAAUGGAAGCAAAAGAUUCUUCUUCGCAGAUUAUUUAUUACUUGUAUAGGCGGAUUGUGGGUGCUUGUUUACAGCUAUGGAAAGAUUGAGAGAAUUAUGGAUUUCUUUGACUACAGCAUCUAUAUACGUUAA